ACGACGCUGAGGACUGGCCCCUUCAUGAGUAGUGACUCUGGAGCCCCUGUUGCCACUACUGAGUUAACGGGGGUCCCAGGCUAGGGGACUCAGCAUGGGCAGCCCCCAGAGCAGCUCUCUGCAGCUCAGGCUGUCUGCACCCUUCCCAAGGCCCUGAGCCUUCAGCCCCUGGGCUCACCGAGGUCAGGAGUGGGAACUGUGCUGUGGGAGGCGGCCUGGACUGCACGCUGCAAACAUGGCGCUGAUGAAAGUCAAAUUUGACCAGAAGAAGCGGGUCAAGUUGGCCCAAGGGCUCUGGCUCAUGAACUGGCUCUCUGUGCUGGCUGGCAUCAUCAUCUUCAGCCUAGGGCUGUUCUUGAAGAUCGAACUUCGGAAGAGGAGUGAUGUGAUGAAUAAUUCAGAGAGCCACUUUGUGCCCAACUCCUUGAUAGGCGUGGGGGUGCUGUCCUGUGUCUUCAACUCCCUGGCUGGCAAGAUCUGCUAUGACGCCCUGGACCCUGCCAAGUAUGCCAAGUGGAAGCCCUGGCUGAAGCCAUACCUGGCGGUCUGUGUCCUCUUCAACAAUGCCCUCUUCCUGGUGGCCCUCUGCUGCUUCCUAAUGCGGGACUCACUCGAGGGCACCUUGGCCCAUGGGCUCAAGAAUGGCAUGAAGUACUACAGGGACACAGACACGCCUGGCAGGUGUUUCAUGAAGAAGACCAUUGACAUGCUGCAGAUCGAAUUCAAGUGCUGUGGCAACAAUGGCUUUCGGGACUGGUUUGAGAUUCAGUGGAUCAGCAAUCGCUACCUGGACUUUUCCUCCAAAGAAGUCAAAGAUCGCAUCAAGAGCAAUGUGGACGGGCGGUAUCUGGUGGAUGGCGUCCCCUUCAGCUGCUGCAACCCCAGCUCGCCACGGCCCUGCAUCCAGUACCAGCUCACCAACAACUCGGCACACUACAGCUAUGACCACCAGACUGAGGAGCUCAACCUGUGGGUGCGCGGCUGCAGGGCAGCCCUGCUGAGCUACUACAGUAGCCUCAUGAACUCCAUGGGUGCCGUCACGCUCCUUGUCUGGCUCUUUGAGGUGGCCAUCACCAUGGGGCUGCGCUACCUGCACACGGCACUGGAAGGCGUGACCAACCCCGAAGACCCCGAGUGUGAGAGCGAGGGCUGGCUUCUGGAAAAGAGCCUGUGGGAGACCUGCAAGGCCAUUCUGGAGAGCUUGAAAAAGCUGGGCAAGAGUAACCAGGUGGAAGCUGAGGGUGCAGACGCAGGCCAGGCCCCGGAGGCUGGCUGAUGGGCUCGGGAUUCCCUGCCCCUCCUACACAUGGAGAAGUAGUGGACGCCAAGAAAUGUGGAUACCCCCUCAUCCAGGCUGAAUCUCCCAAGGAGGAUGGUCAUCCUAUGGAGACUCUUCCUGAUGGUGGGAGUUAAAGUUUAGGAUCCCUAAAAGCAAUUGGCAAACAUUUGAAUGACUGAGGCAAAAUGUGAAUGAAUGAGUCCCUGCCCAGGUCCCCUGCCCUAGGCUGUGCCCUCCAGACUUGGGGGGCCUCCCAGCGAAUGACUUCAUAGCCCAUGAAUUCAGUGCCACCCGAGGGCCGAGUGGCCAAUCCUUUUAUGAGUUUGUCGCUAUGAGCUCUAAGUUGCUUCCUUCUCUAUCUGAAGCAUCAACGGCACAGGAGUCUGAAAAAUGUAUGGGCCAUGCUGUCAUUUUUUUGUAAAUGCCAAGAUGGACAGGUCAGCCAUUUUAUUUAGCUGUGGAAGGUGGGGGACAGUUAAACUUUCGUAAGAUAAUGGACUCUCCAAAGCACUGAGGGCUCAGCAGAGGAAUUCUCCAAACAUGGGGCAAGAGAGCUUACAGAUGGGAUUACUCUCCCCCACCAAAAACACAGUGGAAGACCUGCUUUUGUGUCACACUCACGGGCCCUCAGUCACUUAGCCAGGAGGGAGCCGUGGGCAGCGGCAGGCCAGUUGUUGACAUGUUCCAGCAACAUCCCACCCCUGACGUGCCAGGUGACCUCCUUCGGCUUGUCUGUGAAGCACUGUCAGAUGGCUGUCCUUCUGUGGAAGAGGAGCAACAGUCAGCCAAGUCCACCCUUUGGAGACCUGGCCCCACCGCGGGGUGGGCUCAUGAACACCCACCCAGGCGGCUGUGACAGCCUCCGUGGACAACACUAGUGGCCUACAGUGGAGGACAGAGUCCUCUGGAGCUUCUUCCUCCUUCUUUCCCCAGAUGACCGUCCUGCAACAAUAUUUCUGCAACACCUCUGCAUUUAAGAAAUUUCUUUAAGGCAGCCCAGCUCAACUUCCCAAGCUAGCAACUCCAAGACGUGUUUUCACUUCCCUCAGAAAAAAGACAGAAAUGAAGCUUUAGGGGAAGGAGCUUCCUCAUUGUCGUCCUGUGUUCAGUGUGGAGAAAAUAAGACGGCCGCUCCCUGGGGUAUGUUCUGGGGUUCUACUUCUCCCAGGCUUGAGACCAGAUAAAGAUGUCUGGACGCUGUGAGACUCUGGUCCCAGGUUUAUUGUAAUUAGACUUGAGUCUCCUUGAGACCAAGGAAUGACCCACAUUGAAGGUGGUGAGGAACUGAGCCAGCCACCUCUGAUGAGGGCCCCGGAGCUCUCUCCCCUCAGGGGUGCUGAGAAACAUCACGGACGUGCUGCUCUGGGCCCACGUGUGUAACUGUGCUAUUGACAGCUGUACAAUAGACAUUAAAAAUUGUGUUGUAUGAAAGUCACUUUGGUUAAUGACUCUCUUAGCCUAUUCAACAGGAAGCAUCACAGGAUCCCCAGCUGGAGCUAGUAUUUGUCAAAUCAAACCAAACUGGACAGCAUUGUUAGUGAUCAGGGGAGCUGUUUCAACAGUGUGGGUGUCACCUCCCUCCCUCUUGUUCUCUCUUAUCUGCAGAAACAGUGUCUGUAAUCCAAAUAAUCUCAACAUUGUGUUAAGAGUUUGGACCACAGUUGCAUUUAUUUAGUAUUUGAAUAUGUGGA